AUGCCCUGGGCUCUCUUGAACCACAGAAAGUCAACAGAUGUGGACGGGCAACACGCAAGCACUUCGCCUUUUGUUUCCAACCUCCAAAAGGGCACCAUGCAAAUGGAUCUGGUAUUCGUCUCGAUAGUUGCUACGUUCGCUAGUUUCGCAGCUUGUGAGUCGAAAUUCAUACGGCCACCACAAUGGGACCCAAACCAGGGUGCCGAUCGAGAUUUGGGCAAGAACAUACGCUACAGCGACAGCGAGACCAUCGCGAUCAUUUUCGAGUCAGAUGAGCCCAAGUUCGAUCUGUAUGUCUGGCAGAUGAAUCCUACGAACAAGAAAGGAGGCCAACAUGCACUGUUAGAAAGUGUUAGCCUGUUGUAUUCCACCAGCUGGAAGGCUGAGUACGACAUGGGUCACUAUUUGAGACAUGGCGAAGACUCUGUUUACUGGUUUGGAAUAUAUAAACCUAGCGAUCAGAAGACUCCAUUGGCAGAGUCCCAAUACUUCAACAUCACCGCUCCGGAUCCUCCUCAACUUCACACCAUCACGGUUUCGGAAACUGUAACCUCUAUACAGGAGUCAGCCACAUUACAGCUACCACCACAAUCCACCACCCAGUCCGAUUCUGACGCUACAGCCACCGAAGCACCCUCCGGUCAAGAAACGAAAGCGAACACUGGGCUCAGUUCAAGGUUUGAAUUGACAACUACUGAGAUAGUAGGUAUCGCCAUCGGUGCAUCACUUGGUGGUGUCCUGGUUCUCAGUGGCAUUGGGUGGUUGGGCUGUAGGAGACCAGCAAGCCGUGAAACUCGAAACAGACGCGGGGAGCAUUUCCAACAGCCAUACCAGUGGGGAAUCAAAGAGAGGGAACGCGCGGUGUACCUUUCUGCCCCUGCAAGAAGGAUCGGUGGAUUGCUCGAAGCGCCGUGA